CCAGGCUCACUUAUACGUACAUGUCCUCCGCAUACUACAACCUACUGUAUAUCUCUCCGACUACCUUCGGCACUCAUCAUUUCCAUUACUGCCUGCCAAUACGUGUGUCAAUUGAACUUUGCUGGUAUAGAAUUCACAUCUAAACGAUGGCCUCCUCCUCCUCCUCCUCCUCCUCCUCCUCGGAGCAAAAUCAGCAGCAAGCAGCAGCAACGCCGUCCUCAUCUGCCUCGGACUCGGUCCAAUCGAACUCUUGGGAACGGGUUGAGCGAAAAUUCUCCAACAAGUCUGCAAGUGAAUACUUUGAUCCGUGCCAGGAUUUCGCAGACCGGAGUCUGAAAUGUAUGAAACGCAAUGCUUUUGAUAGAGAGAUGUGUCAUGACUACUUCCAGGCUUAUCGCGACUGUAAAAAGCAAUGGUUGACACAAAAGAAAAGAGGUGCUUAGGCUAGUACAGAAACAAACACAUGGCAGCCCACCUCUCUAGGUUGCCUUGGUUUCCUGUUCCUUGAUGCCCCACGAUGGCAGGACCUACUUAAAAGCCAGCAUCGACCUUGGCCGCAAGCCACUAUGUAGUGUGAUUCAUGAAGAUAGUGGUGUACUGUGUGCUUCGGUCCUAGAUGCCGGCCUCGAUCAAGACAAGCAGAGAUCGUCAACAAUCUUUGCAUGGUGUUGUUCUUUGCUAGGCGGCGAGCUAGAGCAUUAUUGACGGCGGAUUUGGCAAUGGGCAGUUUCUCAAGAGUGAAAUGCCUCCUGGGGAUAUCCACAGGCUGGCCGAACUAUCAGGUAGGCGUUAGGC